AAGCCAAAUACAGCGUAAAGGAGCAAUCAAUCAAUAACUCGAUCAGAGAGAGAAAGAGAAAGUGAGAGCAAUGGCUUCUCUCCCCACCCAAACCAUUCUCUCUCUACAAAUCUUGGUGUUGUUAAUCGCAUAUAUCAGUGGUGGGGUUGUAGAAGCAAAAAAACAGAGAGAGUUCGAUUACUUCGCUUUGGCUCUUCAAUGGCCUGGCACUGUUUGUCAGAGAUAUACUAGCCCUUGUUGUUCCUCCAACGCUUGUUGCAGAGGCUCAAAUGCUCCAAUCGAGUUUACUAUCCAUGGAUUGUGGCCUGACUACAAUGAUGGCACCUGGCCCUCAUGUUGCACCGGUUCUAAUUUUGAUAUAAAGGAGAUCUCAACAUUGCUCAGUGCCCUAGAGACUUAUUGGCCAUCUUUAAGUUGUAGUUUAGCGUCGACCUGUCAUGGUGGGAAAGGAUUAUUUUGGGCUCAUGAGUGGGAAAAGCAUGGGACAUGCUCAUUUCCAGUUAUUCGAGAUGAAUACGACUACUUCUUGACAACUCUUAAUGUCUAUUUCAAAUAUAAUGUCACGAAGGUUCUUAAUGAAGCUGGAUACAUUCCUUCGAACGCUGAAAAGUAUCCUCUUGGAGGCAUUAUUACGGCAAUCCAAAAUGCCUUCCAUGCAACACCUUUACUUGUUUGCUCUAAUGGUGCAGUGGAGGAACUCCGAUUAUGCUUCUAUAAGGAUUUUAAGUUUAUGUUAUUUCAGCCUCGGGAUUGUGUAAUUGGAUCUGACAUGCUUUCUUCUAAGAGCUCUUGCCCAAAAUAUGUCAGCUUGCCUACAUUCGUAUCAUUAGGGCUUGAAAAUGGUGAGGAUGCAUUCUUAUCGUUGCCUCAAAAUGAAGCUCUUUAAAAUCCUAGAAGAGUGUGCGCCAUUCUAUGAACAGUUGAGACCCUAUGAGGCGAAAUAACAAGAUCGACAAAUGCUCUGUUGUAACAAUGUGUAACUUAUGAUUUUAUUAGGAAAUAAUGAAAAAAGCUGUCUUUUUAGUGUGGAUCAAAAAAAUCAUUUGUGCUUUAGUAUCUCAAGCUUUAUUUUGGUUUGUUAUGAAGAUGAAAAUGCUAAUUGAUCAUUCAGUUCCAUUA